UGUGAAAGGUCGAGUCAGGAACCUUAACAUAUUCUCUCCAACUAAUAUCACAACAAUUUCAUUUCAAAACCCUAAUUUGGAUUUCCUUUCUUUCCAGAGGAAAACAGAAGGAGGGGUCUUUCUCCUUUUGAAUAAUUGGGAUCUAAAGUUGGGGUGGGGUGGGGGUGGUUGUCGGGGUGAUGUGCUUUUGUUUGUGGUUUGCUUGAUUCUUCUUAUUACAUGCAUCAUGCUGAUAAUGCUUUUGAAUUGCAAAUCCCAUUUUAGGGCUGUGAACAGUUGUUUUUUUUGUUUGAUUAUGUGCACAUAAUUAUCAUUCCUGAUCACUAGUGAAAGUGCAGGUUUUAGCCUUGUCGGUAAUGCUAUAUAGUGGUGGAAGUUUAUUAUUCAAGGUCUGUUGGAAAUUAAGGACAGUGGAUAUCUUUCUUGCACUCUUGUUUGAAAGAUUGGUCGUUUAGAAUAUAAGUCGACAAACAAAUCAAGAUUGCAAUUACUGACAUAUCUAAGCUGGUUAGUGAUAUUACUGAAGCAACAAGUUAGAGGAAUAAAGUUCAGAGUUCUAACCUGUUGCACACCAAGAUGACAGAUAAGAAAGUGAGCACUUCCACCAAGACUGAGAAUCACGCUCUGCACAAGGAAUGGGACGAGGCUUUAUGUCCAAUAUGCAUGGAUCAUCCACAUAAUGCAGUUCUCCUUGUCUGCAGCUCUCAUGACAAGGGUUGCAGGUCUUAUAUCUGCGACACGAGUUAUAGGCAUUCAAAUUGUUUGGAUCGGUAUAAAAGAUUGACUAUUGACCUUAAUGACCCCACACUGCCAAAUUCCUCCCAACCUGAAAACCAAGAUGGCACUUCAGGUGAAUAUGUUUUAGGGAAUUUGGGAAUGAGGAUCCACUUGGAAGAAGCACAAGAACACAAUAACGGAACCUCAAGUGACAUAGCAGAAGUUUUUGGAGAAAAUAACAGCCAAACCCCAUAUACUAGUUCUGAGUUUCAGGGUGAGAUUAUUUCUGAAAUGGGUAACUCGCCUGAUCAAAGCUUAAACUUGAAAUGUCCAUUAUGCCGUGGAAAUGUUAUAGGCUGGAAGAUUGUAAAGGAGGCUAGAGAAUACCUAGAUCUGAAACACAGGAGUUGUUCAGGAGAUUCUUGUUCAUUCACUGGUAACUAUAGGGAGCUUCGGAGGCAUGCUAGGAGAAGUCACCCAAUGGACCGACCGUCUGAUGUAAACCCAUCAAGACAAGUUGCUUGGCGGCAUCUAGAGAGCCAGCGAGAGUACAAUGAUAUUAUCAGUGCUAUUCGUUCAGUAACACCUAGUGCUAUCGUGUUUGGAGACUAUGUUAUUGAUAACGUGGGUAACAAUAGAGAAAGUGGCUUAGGAGAAGGAAACGGGUCUGGAUUUGCAGACACUUUUUUUCUGUUUCAGAUGCUAAGUGCUUCACGACGUGAGCCGUGGAAUUUGUCUAGGGCUAUGAGAAGGAGGAACCGUUCAGCUGGAUCAUCUGGUCGUCGAUAUCUGUGGGGUGAGAACUUGUUGGGUCUUCAAGGUGAUGCAGAGGGCUGGAAUCCUUCAAAUGACCUGGGAGAAGAUGUGUCUCCUGUUCCAAGGAGGCGUAGGCGAUUCACACAAUCAAGACUUGAUGAAAACCCAUAAACUUAGCAUACUAACUGAACUUCGAUGGUGUUGUGGCGAUGUUUGAAUAAUCAUAAUGUGGAAUUUAACUCCCAACAGACUUAGCAACCAAGAAUUCAGGACUCGAACAGAAGAUGGGAAACUGGACUCCAUUUGCAUUGUCUUUUCAGUCUGUAGGAUACAUGAAGAAUUGUUUCAUCGUCCAUGUGUAUUUGACCAGUAAUGUUACUUUUUAGCUCCUUUAGAAUUUCUAAAUUGAAUGUGGAAUUGGAUUUUCUCAUUUCUGUACACCUGGGUGAUUGAUAUUUCACUAGUCAUCUCUAGUUCUUUUAUUUAUUUAUUUAUUUAUUUAAUAAU